AUGUUUUCGGCAUCAGUCUCUUUAUGUGUCGCUCUUGGUUUGUUUAUUUAUUUUCAUGUCCAGAAGAGCAGUGUCAAUGAAGCCUGGGAUAAACGCGUUGAUGACUCGCUUGAUGACUGGAUAUCCAAGCAGAGGCAUAUAAGCUUUCAAGGUAUUCUUAACAACAUCAAUCCACCAGGAACACCUGCUGGCUUCCUUGCCGCGUCUUUAUCAACCUAUCAUCCGGACUAUUACUAUACAUGGACACGAGAUGCGGCCCUCGUAGCUAGAGUGCUCUCGCACUUACCUGAAACAGAGGAUAACUUACUGAUAGACUAUGUCAAUUUUCAGAUUCAUACACAGGGUACACCUACUGUAUGCAAUUGCUUGGGUGAGCCCAAGUUCAACCCGGAUGGUUCAGGCUUUUCGGGUUCUUGGGGUAGACCACAGAAUGAUGGGCCGGCUGAACGAGCGAUUGCGUUUAUGAAAAUAGCAAACAGAUUCAAGGGAAGACACGAUAGCUAUAUUAAUCAUACCAUUGUUCCCGCUCUCGAAAAGGACCUUGAUUACAUUGUCCGUACAUGGGAACGGUCAUGCUUUGAUUUAUGGGAAGAAGUAGACGGUAUUCAUUUUUAUACCCUGAUGGCCAUACGUAGAGCUCUCUUGGACGGCGCCAACUUUCUUGGCGUCAACGAGUAUCAAACGGUUGCUGCCAAGAUCCAAAAACGACUUGAUGUAUUCUUUUGGUCAUUAAAGAAAAACUAUAUCCAAGUGACAUAUGACGCACGUUCGGGAGUAAGCAAGCCGUCUGGUCUCGAUGUUUCGGUCUUGCUAGCAGCCAAUAUGUUUUCUAUUGAUGAUGAUUUUUUUACCCCGGGAUCAGAUAAGAUUUUGGCUACAGCAGCAGCCAUCGAAGCAGCCUUUUUACGUGAAUAUCCAAUCAAUCAAAAUCUGAGUCCAGAUUUAGGCACUGCCAUCGGUCGGUAUCCUGAAGAUGUCUAUGAUGGCUAUGGCCUGUCCAUUGGCAAUCCAUGGUUUUUAGCUACAGCUGCCUAUGCUGAGCUUUAUUACCUUGCAACAAAUGAAUGGAAGCAGACAGGAUUAACAAUCAAUAAGAUCAACAAGCCUUUCUUCCAACGCCUUGUUCACUUUAACGAAGGAUUCUAUAGUGCUCAUAGCGACGAAUUAGAGCAAAUCAUUGCCAAUGUGUCGUCCGAAGCAGAUAAAUUCUUGGCCACAAUCCAAUACCAUCAACACCGAAACGGAUCGAUGUCCGAACAAUUCAGUCGUUACAACGGAUACAUGCAAGGCGCAAGAGAUCUAACCUGGUCUCAUGCAGCAUUCAUAUCUGCUAUACAAGCAAGAGAAUCAGACCCCAUAUUGUAA